AUGUCUACCACAACUGUGCAAAAAUUUUAUUGCGGUGAGGUAUUCAUUACGAACACAUACUGUAUGAUACUUGAGUGCAAAUGCUGUAACGAGGAAUUUGGAGUUUAUUCUACUUUUCUGGAUCAUAUAUUUGAAAAACACUUUGACGAUUGGGCGGCAACUGAAAAGUCCAAAAAUGAACGAAAGAAAUGUACCAAUCCAAACGAAAAGUUAAGCGAGCAAGUUUUGCUUCCAACAGAAGGGAACGAACGUAUUACAAUUGAAUCCAAAACCUCAAAUGAAUUGGCAUACGAAGGUGACGAGGAUUUAAUAACCGAAAUAUUAGAACCAUUGGAAAAUGACAUAACGGAUGUGGAAGAUGAUAUAAUUGGAAAAGAACAGCUUACCAAGGCUUCAAUACUGAGUGUUCGACCAGUACGAGUUUUCCCAGCAAAACAAUUAAAGAAUGACGCGGAACGAAAAUAUAAGUGCAAAAUAUGUGGAUUCGCUGUUGCUGGAAUAUAUAAUUUACGUGGUCAUGAACAGCGCCACAGUAAUAUUAAGCCUUUCACCUGCCUAAAGUGCAACAAAGCAUUUUACACGAGUACAGAAUUAAAAAUUCAUACUAGACGACACAACGGAGAAAAGCCAUAUGUAUGUACUUAUUGUGGCAAAUGUUUUAUAACUACUGGUACUUUAAAUAAGCAUGAAAAACAACACGUAGACGAGCGCCCCCAUAAAUGUGAUCAAUGUGAAAAAAGGUUUAACAAUGCAUACCAGCUAAGGCAACACGCCGUGGUGCAUACCCAGGAGCGUAACUUUUCUUGUGAGAAGUGUCAGGCAAAGUUUACACGGAAGAAAACUCUACAGACGCAUAUGAAGCUGCACGACAAUGCACUGGCAUAUGAAUGCAUCAUAUGUCACAUGCGUUUUAACCAGCGACCUACACUAUUGUGGCAUAUAAAAAACAAGCAUAAUGUAUUGCGAGAGGAUUCGGAAGGAAAAAUCUCUAGUGAAUUCAAUGUUAACAGUUGAAAUAUAUGUAUGUAUAUAUCUUUCCUAUUCUAAUAAUAAUACAUUUUAUUAAAAAUUA